UGACCGUGUGUUUACCGCGAUUAAGCCGUCACCACAUUCGGCCAACUGUCCUCAUCUGCGGUAUUAUUACAUCAGACAUUAUUGUUCAUCUCCGCCAGACUUAAAAUUAGAAGACACGAUAAACUUUCAAAUUUUCAUUAGUAUUCAGACUUUUCGUUUUUAUUCACUUUCUUUUCCAGACUUGCUCCAACAGAUCCAGAGCACACCACGUGAGAUUCCAACAAACAUACCUCAAGGUUUCCGUUUCAGAAUUGCCUGUUUGUAAAUCUUUGUUUGAACUCACUUUGAUCUGAAAAUUUCACUGCAUCGGACUUCGUGGGAUCAACUUUUCACUCUCCAUUCAAAUAACAAACGAAGAUUCCAUAUAACUAUCGAUCGUCUAUUUAUAAGCUUCUGAAUCUUCGAUAGUAUUCAUAACUUACCUACAUUAACUGUCAUAUAUCCUGAGAUCAUUUGAUAUCUUCAAUAUCAAUAACUAUCCAAUCACUCCCAACAUGCUCAAAGGACUCAGAAAGAAGGCUCUGAUUCUUCUGAUUUCAUCCACACAACUGGAUACGCCUGCCAACAACUACGACAAGGUACUAAAGCAGGUACGAGACUUUGAAAUUGCGCUCCAGGCCAUGGAUUUCUUGCUAGACGACAGAACCGAUGAAGGAACCAAGUUACUUCAGAAGGAAGCGCAGCUCCACAGUCAAUCAGGAUCCGACCAGCCGGCUGGGAUCUUCCCACUUGCUCUCGGAGUUAUGGAAUUCAUUGAAGCUACGCUAGGCUUUGAAACCGAAGUCAUGGAACGUGCCAACCGCACACUUUCUGAGGCAGAAACAGCUUCGUUGAACAAUUCCAAGUACAAUGUGAAAUACAGCUUGGCUACAUCGUACAUCUAUCCGCCUGGAACCGAGUUCCAAGUCACGUACGCUGAGCUGACACUUUUGAAUGCGUUGGUGAUGUUGCUCAAAGAGAACAACGGAAUGGUGGAAGGUGCUAAAGCGUUGUUCAAGUUGAGAAGAGCAUACCAAACGUUGGAUUCAGUAUACAAGAAAAUCAAGGAUCUGGAGCCUAUCUUCAAUAAGAACUUAUCCAAGUUGAAGAAGGAGUCUCUUUCCAACAUGAACAAUAUCAGCACGUCGGAUCUCCCUGGUUACAAAUCGAAUUCUUCUAUGUCUUCUAACGGAGGUUCUUCUGCUUCUCUCGCUUCGGAUGUGAAAUUGAUGAAAGACUUGGAGAAAGUGUACCAGAUGAGAAAGGGCCGUAUAGAGGGGACUAACUUGGGAAAUAAUGCCCCAGAAAAGAUCAAUUUCUUCGAAGGCUUUGAAGACAGGUCUUCCAACUCGUCAAUUGUUUCAUCGGCUGCUACUUCAACUUCAAACUUAUCUACGACUGAAUCUGCUACCGAUAACCAACUCCACGUCUCAACUGUAGACGAGUUUAUCCAUUCAGGCGUUCAGUUAUGCUUCGGCAUCUUGCAGGUGGUUCUUUCAUUAAUUCCACCUGCCAUUGGGAAGGUCUUAUCCAUUGUAGGGUUCAAGGGCGAUCGAGAAAUUGGGCUCAAGAUGCUCUGGAGAACAGCAAUCACCAGCAGGAAUAUACACGGUGAGUUGGCUCUCUUGUGUCUCUUAGUAUUCUACGACGGCCCCGUGCAAUUUGUAGACGUGGGAUUCCAGUUACCGGGCCACGAGGACUCCAAAGUCAAGGACGUUCUUUCCUUAGACGGGAAGACGACUGUGUCUGAGUCUGAGUUGAAGAAGAUCUUACAGAAUCCAGCAUUGUACACCCCUCAAUUGUUGAAGAGAGCCAGGGCUUUCUUUCCACAUAACGCCCUUUGGUUACUUCAAGAAGGUAGAGUUUUGGCAGCUCAGGGUGAGCUUGAGAAGGCUACUCAGUUGAUGCAAUCUUUCACAGACGACAAGUCCAACAAGAUCCGCAUGCAGCAGGUGGAAGCAUUAUUGGUAUUUGAUCGAGGCAUGUUCUAUGCAUUUCAACACGACUAUGACAAUGCUGCCCGGGACUUUGUCAAAUUGAUAGAUAUUAACUCGUGGUCCAAAGGUGUUUAUUUGUUCAUGGCAGCAUCAUGUUACUUGGAAAAGUACAGAAUGAUCGAAAUGGGCUUGGUCGAUGUAGAAGACAAGGAAAAGGAGUUGCGUAAGUACGAAGAUUUAGCCGUGAAAUACUUUGAAUUGGCACCUACGUAUGUUCCAAAUCAUGGACACAACUCCACCAGCAAGAAGCAGUUGCCAUUUGACAAAUUCUUGUUGAGAAAGUUGAGACAUUUGGAAGAGCGCAAAAGGCAGUAUCCAAAGUUGAAGUUUGUAGAUUUGAUUGGUACGUCGUUGAUUCACGAAUUGGUUUAUUUCUGGAACGGCUACAAUAGAAUGUCAGAAAAAGACUUGCAGUUGUCCUUAAAAUUGUUGGCAUAUUCAGGAGAAGUCAAUGCUGAAUUGUCUGCCAACAGCGAAACCGCCAGUUACACAAAGAUUGCUGAGUCUGAAGAUGAAGCUAUGAUCAGAUACUUCUUGCAGGCAAUCGUGUUAAGACUGACUGGAAAAGUCAGCGAGGGUCUUUCUAUCCUCGAAAAUCAUGUCAUUUCCAAGUAUGUCGUGGCCGAUCUUCCCCAGUUCAAGUUCAAUAAGAUGACCUAUAGUCCUUAUUUGUAUCCGACAGCUCUCUACGAAAAGACGAUGUUCAUUUGGAUUUUGAGAACAACCCAUGUUGAGAAGUUGGAUGUAAGAAAGGCCGUCCAGGAAAGCAAGAACUGUUUAAAGAAGGCAGAGAUUGUAGGGGAGGGAGACUACGAGCUUAGUAACAGAACCGGAAUGAGAAUGAAGGCUGCUGGCGAUAGACUUGACCAACUUGGCCAUGGUCAUUAGCAUAAAAAUUUCACUGGAGAUUACAAAAGUAAAAUACAUUCAUGAAUUUUAUUG